ACUGCUGAGAUCGUAUCAAGGGCUCAAUGCCACGCGUAAUGGCGGACAAAAUUGAUAUUCUUUUUAAUAUUUCUUCGAAUUUCGUGAUCUUUUGAAUACAACUUGGUGUUUAGCUACAAUGAAAUUCUUACCUGAUUAAUAAGUCAGACAAAGGUGUCGUUGAUAGAAGAAGCAAGUGGUUAUUUGUAAAGUAAUCAUGGUUUUGUUUGCUAUGAUAAGUCGGGUGAGCGAUGGUAUGGCGAUGUCCGCAUCCACCGACCUCGACAUGCAUUUCGAGUUGAAAGAAAGUAAGAAGCAGGCGAAAACGCUAGCAAGAAAAGCCAACCAGUUCCCAAUAAAGUGCUGGAUGAGAAGUGGAAAUCAUAACAUUUACUUUAUCAAGGCAGUUGGAGUUUGUUUCCUCGCCGUCUGUGAGAUGACAUACCCAACAGUUCUGGCUUUUUGUUUCCUUGAUGAAAUCCAAAGGGAAUUUAUGGUGACUUUUCAGAGUCAGGAUGUCCAGCGAGCUAAGAGGCCGUACUCAUUUAUUGAAUUUGAUACAUUCAUCCAGAAAACUAAACAGAGGUACAAUAACACAAGAACCCUAACCACCAGGAUUAAUGUCAGUGAGAUGAGUGAGGAACUACAGAAUUUCCCGCCAUAUAAUAUUAACUCUACUGAGCUUGGUCCACUUGAUGUUGGCGUUGAACUAAAGACGUACAAAACAGGGGGCCCAGCCAGAAAGCUGCAACCCUUAUCCUGGGUUGGUUUAACCAUCUGCAUGCUCAGUGCAGUCUGUGCAUUGUUGAAUUUCCUGCGCUGCCUGCCGUUCCUGAGUUUUGUUUCAAUUGAUGACGAGUCUUCCAGCAAAACAGCUUCGUCUGCAGUGGCAUUUUUCCUUGCGGGUCUUCUGAAUUGCCUACAGUGUUAUCUAUUACUUUUUGCCGUCAAAUGGAGAAUUGCAAUGUCAAGGACAUGUUUUGCCAUAAUUAUUAUUCUAAUAUAUUACCUGAACAAUCUUCGGAACUUCUGGCAGAUUCUCUUUCACGUGAUGGUCGCCAUGGCAACCCUUCACAGAAUAGCGAAAAGGCAGUUACAAGAAAAACCACCCGAUUACAACGUGUAGCAGACUCCACAAAUAAAUGAUAAGAGAAGAGGAAUCUUUGCGUUUGAGUUUUCCUAGAUAAAGUAUAUUUAGUAAGUAAAUAAGUGAUGGUGUUACUGUAAAAGGUGAAAGAAAUAAAACAGUAAUAAUAUUGUGA